CGCGGGCUCUGCUGUGGCAGCACGACCCCCCCCUCCUGCCGACACCACGCUGUGCCACCCCCCGCCACCUGAUGCCUGGGGACUGCCUGCCCUCACCUUGACAGGUGGCAGCGGGUGACACGGGGCGGCGUGGGUCCCCUGGCCUGCGCCGGCGCACCCCAUGGCGGUCCCCUUGGCCGCCUGUCUGUGGCUGAUGCGCCUGGCCACCUGCCUGGCCGCCGGGCACGGCAUGGCUGGCAAGAAGGAGAUCAGCACGGAUGGGGACCUGGUGAUCGGGGGCCUCUUCCCCGUCCACGAGAAAGGAGUGGGGACCGAAGACUGCGGCAAGAUCAACGAGCACCGGGGCAUCCAGCGCCUGGAGGCCAUGCUCUUCGCCCUGGACGAGAUCAACAAGGACGGGAGCAUCCUGCCAGGGGUGAAGCUGGGCGCCCACAUCCUCGACACCUGCUCCAAGGACACCUACGCCCUCGAGCAGUCCCUCGACUUUGUCCGUGCCUCCCUCACCAGGGUGGACGGCUCUGAGCACAUCUGCCCCGACGGCUCCUAUGCCGUCCACGAUGACGUGCCCACUGCCAUCACUGGAGUCAUCGGGGGCUCCUACAGCGACGUUUCCAUCCAGGUGGCCAACCUCCUGCGGCUCUUCCAGAUCCCGCAGAUCAGCUACGCCUCCACCAGUGCCAAGCUCAGCGACAAGUCCCGAUACGACUACUUCGCCCGCACUGUCCCACCAGACUUCUACCAAGCCAAAGCCAUGGCGGAGAUCCUCCGCUUCUUCAACUGGACCUACGUCUCCACCGUGGCCUCGGAGGGUGACUAUGGGGAGACGGGGAUUGAGGCCUUUGAGCAAGAAGCCCGCAUGCGCAACAUCUGCAUCGCCACCUCGGAGAAGGUGGGGCGCUCCAUGAACAAGAAGACCUAUGACGGGGUGGUCCGGGCUCUGCUGCAGAAGCCCAAUGCCAGAGUGGUUGUGCUGUUCACUCGAAGUGAAGACGCCCGGGAGCUGCUGGCGGCUGCCCAGAGAGCCAAUGUGUCCUUCACAUGGGUGGCCAGUGAUGGGUGGGGAGCCCUGGAGAGCGUGGUGGCUGGGAGUGAAGCGGUAGCAGAGGGAGCCAUCACCAUCGAGCUGGCAGCCUACCCCAUUAAGGAGUUUGCUGCCUACUUCCGUAACCUCCACCCCUACAACAACAGCCGAAAUCCCUGGUUUCGGGAGUUUUGGGAGCAGAAGUUCAAGUGCAGCUUCCACACGCAGGACUGUAGCCGGUACUCCCUCAAGACAGGCAAGUUUGAGCCAGAGUCCAAGAUCACGUUUGUGGUCAACGCAGUUUAUGCCAUGGCUCACUCCCUCCACAACAUGCACCAGGCGCUGUGCCCCAAUGCCACCAAGCUCUGCGAUGCCAUGAAGCCCGUCAAUGGCAAGAGGUUCUACAAGGACUUCAUGCUCAAUGUUAAUUUUGACGCUCCAUUCAGGCCAGCAGACACCAACAGUGUUGUUCGAUUUGACCGCUACGGCGAUGGGAUUGGGCGCUACAACAUCUUCAACUAUCACCACAUGGAUGGGCGGUAUCGGUAUCAGAAGGUGGGCUACUGGGCUGAGGGGCUCAUCCUCAACACCAGCCUCAUCCCUUGGGCUGAGACCUCCAUCCCUGUGUCCCAGUGCAGCGACCCCUGCAAGAAGAAUGAGAUAAAGAGCAUGCAGCCUGGUGACAUAUGCUGCUGGAUCUGCAUCCCCUGCCAGCCCUACGAGUACUUGCUGGAUGAGUUCACCUGCAUGGACUGCGGGCUUGGUUACUGGCCCAACGAGACCCUGAAUGGCUGCUAUGAGUUGCCUCAAGAAUACAUCCGCUGGAAAGAUGUCUGGGCCAUUGGGCCUGUCACUAUCUCUUGCCUGGGUUUUAUCUCCACCCUCUUUGUUUUUGGAGUCUUUGUGAAGAACAAUGACACCCCCAUUGUGAAGGCCUCUGGCCGGGAGCUCUGCUACAUUCUGCUGACUGGGGUACUCAUGUGCUAUAGCAUGACCUUCAUCUUCAUUGCAAAGCCCUCCACCGAGGUGUGCACGCUCCGGCGUCUGGGGCUGGGCACGUCCUUUGCCGUCUGCUAUUCAGCCCUCUUGACCAAGACGAAUCGCAUCGCCAGGAUCUUCAGUGGGGUGAAGGAGGGGGUCCAGCGCCCCCGGUUCAUAAGCCCCACAUCGCAGGUGGUCAUCUGCAUGGCCCUCAUCUCUUGCCAGCUGAUCAUCGUCAUCAUUUGGCUGCUGGUGGAGACCCCCGGCACAGGCAAGGAGACCGAGCCUGACAAGAGGUACAUUGUCACCCUCAAGUGCAACAACCGUGACUCCAACAUGCUUAUUUCGCUCACCUACAAUGUCCUCUUGAUUGUCCUCUGCACGGUCUAUGCCUUCAAGACACGGAAAUGCCCUGAAAACUUCAACGAGGCCAAGUUCAUCGGGUUCACCAUGUACACAACCUGCAUCAUCUGGCUGGCCUUCCUGCCCAUCUUCUAUGUGACCUCCAGCGACUACCGAGUCCAGACGACCACCAUGUGCAUCUCAGUGAGCCUCAGCGGGACCGUGGUUCUUGGCUGCCUCUUCACCCCCAAGCUCCACAUCAUACUCUUCCAGCCGCAGAAGAACGUGGCCAGCCACCGCGUGGGCACCACUCGCUUCAGCGUGGCAGCUGCCAGCUCCAGCCAGUCCCACGGUGAGCAAGCCUCUGCCUCGCAGUAUGUGCCCACGGUGUGCAACGGCCGUGAGGUGGUGGACUCCACGACGUCGUCCUUGUGAAGGACCAGGGGAGGCCAGACCACGGUGCUGCUGCUGCUCCUGCGGCACCCGGAUCCCUCCCCAGGGAGAGCAGCGCCCACGGCACAGCCUGCUCGGGGGGCUGGGGGCAACGGGGGGACUCAGCCCCCACCCCAGCACCAGCUACACAUCCCACGCGUUGGGUCACGGUACGUGUCACUCCUCCCUUGCACCGAGCCACGUUACACAUCCCCUGCACUGAGCCGUGGUCAACAUUCCCUCCGUUGUCCCUUGCACUGAGCCAUGGUGAACAUCCCCGGUCUCUUGACCUGAGCCACGGUGCACGACCACCCCCGUCGCCUGCACCGAGCCAUGGUGCAUGUCCCCUCAUCUCUAGCACUGAGCCGUGGUGCACGUCCCCCGUGUCCUUCGCACCGAGCCACGGUGGGCAUCCCCUGCGUCACCCACACUGAGCCGUUGUGCACAUUCCCCCAUCCCCUGCGCUGAGCCCUGCUACACGUCCCCCUGUCCCUUGCACCGGGCCACGCUCCAAGUCCUCCUCAUCCCUUGCACUGAGCUGAGGUGCACAUCAGCCCACCAUCACCUGCUCUGAGCCAUGGUGAACGUCCCCCCCCGCCAUCCCUUGCACUGAGCCAUGGUGAACGUCCUCCUCAUCCUUUGCACUGAGCCCUAGUGCACAGCCCCCGGCCCCCAAACCGAGCUGUGCUGCACGGUCCCCAUCCCCUGCACCAGCCGUGGUGCAUGUCCCCUGCCCCUCGCACCACGCCGUGGUGCACAGCCACACACCCUCUUGCUCAGCCACACUGAGUCACGCUUCGCUUGCACCGAGCCACACCGCGCCGCCUCCCACACCCAGCCUUGUGCCGGCACACGCUGCCCUCACCCCAUUGCCCACCCCUUUCCUGGUGCAGGGUCUUUCACGUCCCUUCCUGUGCCACGCUGUGCCCCAUGUCGUCGUCCCCCCCCCACCCCGGGCCAGUGGAGCCCCCUCCUCCAGGCCCUUUGCACAGUUUCACCUUUUCCUCCUCGUUUUCGGCCCCAGGAAAGCUGCCGAGCGCUGCCGGGCUGGGCCCAAGCCCCCUCCAUCCCUCCCCUCGCUGUGCAUAGCGCUUCUCACCCCUUCCUGCCACGGGGCAGUGGCGGGGGGGGGGGAUGGCCCCGGCCCCCCCACCCCCUCCC